AUGUGGCGUAUCAUUGCCAUGGCCUUGACCGCCGUCAUUGUCAUCGUUAUUGUGGUUGUCGUGGCAGUGGUGGUCACCAACCACAAGAAUAACAAUCAGGCAUCCAACAGCGGGUCGCAUGCGGUGUCAAAAUACGCUAAUCUGACUCGCAUGACCACCUAUGACUCUCCUGACAUUCAAAAUAAGAAGCGCAUCUUCGUCGUUGGCGAUAUUCAUGGGUGUGUUUCCGAAUUGAACAGUCUUGUGGAUCAAAUCAAAUACAACUCGCAGGACGAUUUAUUGAUUCUCGCCGGUGAUCUGGUGGACCGAGGUCCGGACAGCCUCGGGGUGAUCAGACGCGCCCAAGAACUGGGCGCAUUAUGCGUCCGCGGCAAUCACGACGAUAAAGUGGUUCGUCUGAAAACAUUUGAAUUGCAAAAUGGUCAGGCCGCUUUGCAGUCCGGAAAGGGCACCAUGCCUGAAGGUCCGGUAGCCGACCCCUUGAAAUUUUCCAAUCAUCACGCUGCCAUUGCACUAGCGAUGUCGCAAGAGGAGUACAACUAUUUAGCGGCGUGCCCUAUGAUAUUGCGCCUUCCUUGGCUUUCCAACAGUGUGGUAGUACAUGGCGGUUUGGAUCCAACCAAGGACUUGGAGUCUCAAGACCCUUAUUCUGUGAUGAAUAUGCGUGAUAUCGCUGACGGCGUCCCGAAUCCCAGCAGUGAUCAAGGCGUGCAUUGGGGAACCGCAUUCAACAGUGCCCAGCUCAACACCAGUAAUGUCAUGUAUGUCUACUACGGCCACGAUGCCGGCCGCGGCUUGAAUUUGCAGAAAUAUACAAAGGGUGUCGAUACCGGCUGUGUGUACGGUCGCAAACUCACGGCUCUGGAGAUGCGAUCACAACAACUUACCCAGGUCUCUUGUUCGAAAUAUGCAUAA